CAGAGAAAUAAACACAGGAGAAGAACAAUCCGCUGCAGGUUUUGUCAUCCUCAGAUGUUCAGUUGUCAGAUACAUUAUCACUACAUUACAAUACAUUAUAUAAUUAUUUAUAUAAACUCUUGUUUAAUAAACAGCAAACCACUUUAUUCUACUGAUUUCUGAGGAAUUAAAGCCUGAGGUGUGAUGAUGAUUUCAGCAGGAGACAGACAGCAGUCCUCCAGGAUGUUUCAGCUUCCUGAUGCUGUUUCUUCACAGCUGGAUGAAGACGUGAAAACCGAGACUUCAGAUGAAGGAACAUUCAAAGUGUCAGAAGCUUGUGUGAAAAAAGAGGAAAUGCUGGAGUUGAACAUCUACAGCCAUGAAGACGACCUAGACAACACACCUGAAGUUAUCUCCAUUAAAGAGGAAGAUCCUGUCCAUAAAGACUUCCUCUACUGUGAUGUUUGUAGAUCCUUCUUCUUUAAUAAGUGUGAGGUUCACGGUCCUGCGCUCUUCAUCCCUGAUACUCCCGUUCCCAUGGGGAUCGCAGACCGAGCCACACACACUCUUCCUCCUGGACUAGAGAUUGGGAAGUCUGGACUUCCUGACGCAGGUCUGGGAGUGUUUAAUAAGGGAGACACUGUUCCAGUAGGUGCACACUUUGGACCCUAUCAGGGAGAGCUCGUGGACCAAGAGGAAGCUCUGAGCAGUGGAUACUCCUGGCUGAUGUUCAGAAGCAGGCAGUGUGAAGGGCUCAUGGACGCUGAGAGAGAGAUGUGUGCUAACUGGAUGGGGUAUGUGAAUUGUGCUCAAACUGAAGAAGAAGGAAAUCUUGUGGUUUUUCCAUAUCAAGGUGGGAUUCUGUACCGUUGCUGUCGUCCUAUUAACACAGGACAGGAGCUGUUGGUCUGGGAUAGAGAGGAGCCUCCCAAAGAUCUCACUCCUUAUUUUGAUGACUUCUGGAACCAGAAUUGCUAUUUAAAUGGUACAGAACUAAACAACAAUCUGUCACCAACAUCAGCUGGUUCUCCCAGUUCUGACACUUUAUAUGAUGAUAUACAGAAGGAAGUUCUCCACUGCACGGAAUGUGGAAAGACUUCUCCUCGUCAGGAUUUUCUCCAAACACACCGAUGCAGUCAUACGGUAGAGAAGCCACAUCACUGCUUACAGUGUGGGAAGAGUUUCACUCAGCAGGGAACUCUCCGGAAACAUCAGCGUGUUCAUACAGGAGAGAAACCAUAUCAGUGUUCAUUGUGUGGUAGGAGCUUUAAUCAGAAGGGUUCCCUCCUGAUCCACCAGCGUGUUCACACAGGAGAGAAACCGUAUCAGUGUUCACAGUGUGGGAAAAGUUUUCCUAACCAGAGUAAUCUCCGAAAACACCAGCGUAUUCACACAGAAGAGAAGGCGUAUCCCUGCUCACAGUGUGGAAAGAGAUUCACUCAGCAGAGCACACUCCUGGUCCACCAACGCAUUCACACUGGGGAUAAGCCGUAUCAGUGUUCACAAUGUGGGAAGAGCUUUCUUGACCAGAGUAAUCUCCAAAAACAUCAGCGUGUUCACACAGGAGAAAAACCGUGCCACUGUUCCCUGUGUGGAAAGAGUUUUACUCAGCAGAGUACUCUGAGAAAACAUCAGCGUCUUCAUACAGGAGAAAAGCCGUAUCACUGCUCGCAGUGUGGAAAGAGUUUUGCUCAGCAGAGUGAUCUCCAUCGACAUGAACGUAUUCACACAGGAGACAAGCCGUACUUCUGCUCCCACUGUGGUAAGAGUUUCACUCAGCAGAGUAACCUCCAGCUGCACCAGCGCAUUCACAUAGGAGAGAAACCGUUUAAGUGUUCACAGUGUGGGAAAAGUUUUACUCAACAGAACCAUCUCCAGCUGCACCAGCGCAUUCACACCGGAGAAAAGCCGUACCAGUGUUCACAGUGUGGGAAGAGUUUUACUCAGCAGAAUAACCUCCAACGACACCAGCGCAUUCACACCUGAUAGAAACCGCAACCCUGUUCCAUGUGGAACAGCUUUAUUUUUUCUUUUUCAUUUAAAGUCUGCAAGUGCCCUAAACUGGUGCCCCUGAAUUUAUUACAUCAACAUUUAUUAUAA